GGAAUCCUUUGUGCUUGGGGAGACCUGGGGCCAUUGGCUGGCACAGUAGGAUGCCCCCGUGUCCUCCUCAGCAGAACAGGAACAGGUUAUCACAGCUGCCUACUGGAGAGCUUGGAGAGAUGGAACUGACUUGGCAAGAGAUCAUGUCCAUUACUGAGCUGCAGGGUCUAAAUGUUCCAAGUGAGCCAUCUUUUGACCCCCAAGCACCCACCCCAUACCCUGGGCCACUGCCACCUCCAACAUACUGCCCCUGUUCAAUUCACCCAGAUGCAGGCUUCUCCCUUCCCGCACCAUCUUAUGAGCUCCCAGCAUCCACUCCCCAUGUCCCAGACCUCCCAUACUCCUACGGCAACAUAGCUAUACCAGUGUCAAAGCCACUUACCCUUUCAGGCCUGCUCAACGAGCCCCUCCCAGACCCCUUAGCUCUCCUGGACAUUGGGCUCCCAGUGGGGCAACCCAAGCCCCAAGAAGACCCAGAAUCUGACUCCGGAUUAUCCCUCAACUACAGUGAUGCAGAAUCUCUUGAGCUAGAGGGUGCAGAGGCUGGCAGGAGGAGGAGCGAGUAUGUGGACAUGUACUCGGUGGAGUACCCUUACUCACUUAUGCCCAACUCUUUGGCCCACCCCAACUAUACUCUUCCGCCCACUGAGACUCCCUUGGCCUUGGAGUCAUCCUCCGGUCCAGUGCGGGCUAAGCCUGCUGUCCGUGGGGAGGCAGGGAGUCGGGACGAGCGGCGAGCCCUGGCCAUGAAGAUUCCUUUCCCUACGGACAAGAUAGUUAACUUGCCGGUAGAUGACUUUAAUGAGUUGUUGGCACAGUAUCCGCUAACAGAGAGCCAGCUGGCUCUAGUUCGGGACAUCCGUCGGCGGGGCAAGAACAAGGUGGCGGCCCAGAACUGUCGUAAGAGAAAACUGGAAACCAUUGUGCAGUUAGAGCGGGAGCUGGAGCGGCUGGGCAGUGAAAGGGAACGGCUUCUCAGAGCCCGAGGGGAGGCCGAUCGUACCCUGGAGGUCAUGCGCCAACAGCUGGCAGAGCUGUACCAUGAUAUUUUCCAGCAUCUUCGGGACGAAUCUGGCAACAGUUAUUCACCAGAGGAAUAUGCACUGCAACAGGCUGCUGAUGGGGCCAUCUUUCUGGUACACCGUGGGACCAAGAUGGAGGCCACAGAUUGAGCUGGCCCAGAGGGGGUGGACGCUGGUGCUAGGGACUCCCCUCCUUCCUUUCUGAUAAAGGUACUUCCCAAUCCCAGAACAAGGCUUGGAGUUCUCCAGACCAAGAGGGCAGAUGCAACCUUAGCAUUUGGAAGUUCCAAAGUGUAUCCGGUGAGGUUUGCCUGGAAGCCAGGUGAGUGUUGGCUUCUCAGGUCCCCACCUCCACCUCUUGUCUAACCUUUGGUUCAUAAAGAACUGUGUGGAAAUAGCU